GCUAUCACGCGGGUCGCUGUCACGCGGGUCGCUGUCCCUUCCCUAGCCGAGCACAUGGGCCGAGCCGAGCUCGCCAUACGAGCCGAGCUCGUGAGCCGACCAGAGGACGCCCACGUGGAGGCUGGGGCCCGAUCGACGUGUCACCCGGGGCUAUCUUCCAUCAUAAGCCCCCCACUCUCCGGGUUUCGUUGCACGCGGCGAGGGAACACAAGAGAGUAGGUACUGUAGGAGCGGCGCGGGACCACGUGGAGGCGCUUAGCAGGCCAUUGGUGCCGUUUGGGCUUCGCCAUCAUGGAGGGAUGCGUCGUUUCGCUUCCCUAGGCCCAGUGGCGGCCCAUCAUUGCACCCCUUCAACAUUUCCUAUAUAAAUACCCACCCUACUCAUCUCAUUCUCCACUUUUAGAGAGAGAAAUUGCUCUUCGCCGUCGCUAGCAUUCCUACCGUCGUUCGCGUCCACUUUCCGGCUUCACCCUAGGUUAGUCCUCCUCGUCUUUGUCCUUUCAUGUCUUCCCAAUCCUCGGUCUUCCGUAAGCCCGAGUCCGAGCGCGACGCCGAGGGCUCCGUCGCAGGCUCUGCGCCGGGGAGCGACUCCCGCUCGCCCUCUGUUGAGGAGAUAAUCGAAGCGGUCGAGAUUCCCCUCCAGUCCGAACCCCGCAACCAGAGACGGACCGUUCUCGAGGAGUCGGGGAUCCGAGCGCGUAAGUGCACCCUUACUCGGGAGGAGUUCCGCAAGGCGAAACGCCUGGCCUGGGCACCAGGUGUCACGGUGCACCGUCCUACCGCCGAACAGUCGGUCUUUGACGCCCCACCGGGUUCCUUCGCCAUCCACCUUAAAUCCCUCGAGUAUGGGUUCCGCCUCCCCCUCAAUCAGUUAGUCAUAGAUUUCUUCCUCCACUUUGAUUUCCUCCCCUGCCAAGUCGUGCCCAAAUCCCACCGCUACUUAGCGGGAUUUCUCAUCCGCUGCCAAAGGACCGGGGUCCGCCCCGACCUGGCCCGCUUCUUACUUCUCUUCUGGUUGGCUAAGUCGUCUGGCCGGGCGAACUCCGAUUCGGGUUCGUAUGCCUCCAUAUCCCAACGGCAGGAGAAGCUCUUCAAGACGAGAAAAGACUCCGCCAAGAGUUGGAAGGGGAAAUUCGUCUUCAUCUCUCUUUCUUCGGGCUCCCCCUUCCGCGAGGAACCCCUCAGUUCCUUCCGCCGUCGCUCCUCCUUUGUCAGCUCGGAUAGGAUGCUCGAGGACGUAGAGACACUCUGCCGAGGGGGGCCCUUCGAAGUCGGCUCGAUAGUGACGAACGAUGCGUUGGCCGCACUCGGCUUCGUCUUCCUAUCCCCGGAAGAAACUCAACGGAGCAUCGAAGAAGGCCCCUCAGGUGAAAUCAUGCUUUCCAGCGCAGAGCGGAUGAAGCUCAUGAAGCCCGCGGGCUCCUUCCGUGGCCGGUCGCCCCCCGACUCCACCCGUGAAGCCCAAUACCGAGGCGGCUCCGAAGAAGAGAAAGGGGACGGCCUCGGCCUCCGAUGCUCCCCCGGAGCCCGGAUCCCCACUGAUGAAGGACUUCGGCCACCAGAACAUGACCCCUCCCACCGACGUUGCCAAGCUCAAGGACGCCGCCUGGGAACCUCUCGCUUCGGAUAUGUUCCACGAGAUGGGCUCGGCGAUGAUGCGUAUGGUUGACGUGACCCAGCGGCUGCGCGCCACCGAGGCUGACCGGAGCAGGGCCUACGUUGAUAUUGCCGACCUCAACGAGGCGCUGAAGGUGUCCAAGGAGUUAGCUCGUCAAGCCGAGGAGCGGGCUCAGCAGGCCGAGGAGCAGGCUCGGCAGAUGGCGGAGGAGGCAGCUCGGCAGGCGCGUCAGGAAGUCCGCGAGCAAGCAGUGGCCGAGUUCAUAUCCUCGGGUGCGUUCCAGGAUGA